UCCACGCCGAUAGGUGGCGAUAAUGUCACUCUUCAACCAUUUCCGAAGGCGGAUCUUGUGGCACAACAGCAGAAGACGGCGGGGAGACCGAACACCAAAAAGAGAGAUGGGAGACAGUGAUGAUGAAUACGAUCGCAGGAGAAGGGACAAAUUCAGACGGGAGAGAAGUGAUUAUGAUCGUUCAAGAGAAAGAGAGGAUCGGCGCAGAGAUGACUGGAAUGACAGGGAGUGGGACAGGGGUAGGGAGCGCCGGAGCCGCGGUGAAUACCGAGAUUACGACCGCGGGCGCAGGGAGAGAUUUAGCCCUCCUAGACACGACAUAAGCCCCCAGCAGAAACGCAUGAGAAGAGACUGGGACGAUCAUGGUGGAGAUCCUUACCGCGGAGGAUAUGACCUGGGUUACGGCGGUGGAGGAGGUCCGAGCUAUGGGCCGCCGCAGCACUGGGGCCAUCCUGACCUGCAUCUUAUGCAGCCUCAUCAGGGCAUCCCCAUCCAGGCGAGACUUGGGAGCAUCCAUGACAUGGACCUGGGUCCACCUCCUCCAAUAAUGAAGAGCUUUAAAGAGUUCCUGCUGUCCCUGGAUGAUUCUGUGGACGAGACCGAAGCUGUCAAACGCUACAAUGAGUACAAGAUAGAUUUCCGCCGACAACAGAUGCAGGACUUCUUUUUGGCUCAUAAAGACGAGGAGUGGUUCAGGUCCAAAUAUCACCCGGAUGAGGCCAGCCGACUUAAGGCAGAGGCCCGGAGUGCCCUCUGCAACCGGCUGAACGUCUUCGUGUUCCUGAUGGAGAACGGCUGGUUUGAUAAUGUCUCCCUGGAUAUCGAGCAGACUCCCGCCAUCAUCAAGGUGUUGGAUGCAGCUGUGAUAAAGAUGGAAGGGGGCACAGACCACGAUCUUCGCAUUUUGGACAUGCCACCCGAAGAGGAGGAAGAAAGGGAAAAGUCCACACCUGCUGCAGGUGGAGGGGAGCUCCAAAGGAGGGAGGACCUGAAAACGGCGGACAGAGAGCGCAAGCCCUCAGGGGAGAAAGCCAAAACUGAGAAGGAGAAGAGUGACUCUGCCGGCGUAGACCAGGAGGCCACGGCAGAUGGAGACGAUACGAAGGAGGAGGCAGAGAAAGAAGCUGUCAGAGAAGAGAUGCCUGAGCCUAAGAAGGCGAGAAGAAAGCGGAAGCGCAGCGGGGACAGCGACGAUGAAGCAAGCGCCUCAGAGAGCGAGUCUGACUCCGACUCGGACUCCAACUCCGACUGCUCCGACAAACCCGAGAAGAAGGAAGCGGUGCCGGACAAGGACGACGAAGAGGAGGAGGGCGAAGAGGAGAAACCAAAGGAGGCCGCCGAAGAAGAGAAGAAGGAAGAGAAGAAGCCCAAAGAUGACUCCCCCAGACCGCGGCCGCUGCACAAGACGUUCUCCCUGUUCAUGAGGAGCAUCGCUCCCACCAUCUCCAAGGCUGAGAUCGUUGCUCUUUGUCGACGGUAUCCCGGGUUUUUGCGCGUUUGCUUGUCUGACCCUCAUCCAGAGCGCAGGUUUUUCAGACGUUGCUGGGUGACGUUCGAUCGCAGCGUCAACAUCAAGGAAAUCUGCUGGAACCUUCAGAAUAUACGCCUCCGAGACUGUGAGCUGGCGCCGGGGGUGAACAGGGACCUGGCUCGGAGGGUGCGCAACGUCAAUGGCAUCACUCAGCACAAGCAGGUGCUCCGCAACGACAUCAAGCUGGCUGCCAAGCUGAUCCACGCCUUGGAUGAAAAGGGGGAGCUGUGGAACCGCAAAAACCAGGAGGCUCAAAGCACCGAGUUGCCGGCUCAGAACCCCAUCUUGAAGAAUAUCACCGAUUACCUGAUCGAGGAGGUGAGUGCUGAGGAAGAGGAGCUCCUGGGAUCCGGCAGCGGAAUGGAUCCCGAGGAGAGCGCCAAGGAGGGAAACCCCGCUGAGAUCACGGUGGAGAGAGACGAUAAACUAGCCAAGGUUUUGGACCGUUUGCUCUUGUAUCUGCGGAUCGUGCAUUCAGUGGAUUACUACAACACCUGUGAAUACCCCAGUGAGGAUGAAAUGCCCAAUCGCUGUGGCAUGAUCCACGUCCGCGGUCCCAUCCCUCCCAACCGCAUAACCCACGGAGAAGUGCAACAGUGGGAAAAGGUGACGGAGGAAAAGCUGGUGCCUCUAUUUAAUCUAAAGGAAGUCCUCUCCGACGAAGAGGCGGGAAAGAUGGGUCGCAAGGAUCCCGACGAAGAGGUGGAGAAGUUUAUAUCUGCAAACACUCAGGAGCUGGGCAAAGACAAGUGGCUCUGUCCUCUUAGUGGCAAGAAAUUCAAGGGUCCGGAGUUCGUGCGGAAGCACAUCCUGAACAAACACGGGGAGAAAAUCGAGGAAGUGAAAAAGGAAGUCGUGUUUUUCAACAAUUUUCUCCUGGAUGCUAAGAGACCUUCGCUGCCAGAGAUGAAGCUUCCACCUCUUCCUGGCCCUGGACAAGGUUUGCUUUCUCCUACUCUACCGUUUCCUCCUCAAGGCCCCCAGGGUCCAAUGGGUUUCGGUCAGCCUCGUCCACCUCUGAUGGGCUAUGGUGUUGGGCCCCCUUACCCCCCCAAUCAGUUUGGAGGAGGCAGAGGAAACUAUGACAACUUCCGGGGUCAAGGCGGCUACCUGGGUAAGCCACGCAACAUCAGGUGAGGCCCCUGUAGAGUUGACUGUCCCGGGGAGAUCCACGGAAUAUAAUUGAGUAUCGUGACCUGGAUGCACCAGAUGAUAUGGACUUCUUUUAGAUGCUCCUCCAGCUUCUUUUGUCUUGGCUCUUGUGUUGUGUUCUGUUUUUUUUUGUAGUAAUUACAGUAUUUGCUUACAGAUAUUUCAUUUUGUAAUCAUUGUGCAACCCUAUAAUGGCUUCUGUAACUGCUGUAAACUGAUCAAUAAAAUUGUGCUUAAGAUACUUUUAAA